ACUCUCUCUCUCUUUGGACCUGCUGCUGCUGCUUUCGAGAAGAUCUGGGUAAGGAGGGGCAGAGGUGUCUUUCGCAUUCUCCCUCUCCGGCGUCUUCCAAAAGGGUGCCUGGAUGCCGGAUGGAGUAAGGGAGCCAAGGCACAGCAGCCACUCUCUGAAAUUGGAGAUUACGGAGGCAGAGACGGCACGAGAAAAUGGAUCCUAUCCCCCAACUCUUCAGCGUUUUGACUUUGCUGCUGUUCAGCUUCUGGCAUCUUGGAUUAGCGGCUACCAACUAUAAUUGUGAGGAGCCACUGGUAUUCUCGUUACCUGCGACAUCCUUUGACAGCUCCUCUGAGCUCUCCAGCAGUCACAGCCCCAUCUUUGCAAAGCUCAUCAGACGGGAUGGAGCUGGUGGCUGGUCCCCAUUGGAUUCUAGCAGGGAACAAUGGCUCCAGAUCGAUUUAGGGGACAGAGUGGAAAUUACAGGUGUUGCUACUCAAGGAAGGUACGGAAGCUCAGACUGGACAACAAGCUACAGUCUAAUGUUCAGCGAUACAGGUCGCAACUGGAGGCAGUACAGAGAAGAAGACAUCAUCUCGGUCUUCCAAGGGAAUACCAAUGCUGACAGUGUCAUGCAGCAUAAGUUUCUGCACUCAGUGAAAGCUCGCUUUGUGCGCUUCAUUCCUUUGAAAUGGAGUCCAAGUGGGAAAAUUGGCCUGCGGGUUGAAGUUUUUGGGUGUACAUACAAAUCGGAUAUUGCCGACUUUGAUGGGAGGAGCUCCCUCCUUUACAGGUUCAACCAAAAACUGAUGAGCACCUUCAAAGAUGUUGUUUCCCUGAAGUUCAAGAGCAUGCAGGGAGAUGGGGUCCUAUUUCAUGGAGAAGGGCAGCGUGGAGAUUAUAUUACAUUGGAGCUGCAGAAAGGGAAGCUUUCUUUGCACAUCAACCUGGGAGAUGCCAAGCUGCGUUUCAGCAACAGUCACACGUCCGUCACCUUGGGCAGCCUCCUGGAUGACCAACACUGGCACUCGGUCCUCAUUGAGCGAUUUAAUAAGCAGGUGAACUUCACCGUGGACAAGUAUAUGCAGCAUUUCCGAACCAAGGGAGAUUCGGAUGACUUGAACAUUGAUUAUGAGCUCAGUUUUGGAGGAAUCCCAGUCCCAGGCAAACCAGGAACUUUUCUGAAGAAAAAUUUCCAUGGCUGCAUUGAGAACCUUUAUUACAAUGGAGUCAAUAUCAUUGACCUGGCAAAAAGACGAAAGCCACAGAUCUACAUCGUGGGUAAUGUGACUUUUGCCUGCUCAGAACCACAAAUCACUCCCAUCACCUUUGACAGCUCCAACAACAGUUACUUGCUGUUACCAGGCACUCCCCAGCUUGAUGGCUUGUCAGUUAGCUUCCAGUUUCGGACGUGGAACAAGGAUGGUUUGCUGCUAUCCACGGAGCUGUCAGAAGAUUCCGGUUUACUCUUGUUAUACCUCCAGCAUGGAAGGAUGUCGCUCAUCAUCCAGAAAGGAACAGAGAAAUAUGUAGGCGUUAGUGCAGGCAGCAAUCUGUAUGAUGGUCUGUGGCAUGCAGUUAACAUCAAUGCUAGAAGACAUCGCAUCACCCUAACUCUCGAUAAUGAUGUAGCAUCUACAGUUCAUGCAACCACUGUUUCACAGAUUUAUUCAGGGCACAGCUACUAUUUUGGAGGGUGCCCUGACAAUUUUACCGAUUCAAAAUGUUUAAAUCCCAUUACGGCUUUUCAAGGCUGCAUGAGACUCAUCUUUAUUGAUAACCAGCCCAAGGACCUCAUCUUAGUUCAGCAAGGUUCCCUGGGGAAUUUUAGUGAUUUGCGCAUUGAUCUCUGUGGCAUCAAAGACAGGUGUCUACCAGACUACUGUGAACAUGGAGGAGAAUGCUCCCAAUCCUGGACAACGUUCCAUUGCGAUUGCGGUGAAACUGGCUAUACAGGAACAACCUGUCAUAAUUCUAUUUAUGAGAAGUCAUGUGAAGCCUAUCGGCACCAAGGGAAAACAUCUGGUUUCUUCCACAUUGAUUCUGAUGCAAGUGGUCCACUUCCACCGCUUUUUGUCUACUGCAAUAUAACUGAAGAUAAGAUCUGGACUGUAGUCCAGCACAACAAUACUGAGCUGACUCGAGUCCGCGGGGCAGAUCCGGAGAAACCAUAUGCCAUGAGCUUCAACUACAACAGCAGCAUGGAGCAGCUGGAGGCAAUGAUAAAUAGUGCCGAAUACUGUGAACAGGAGACGGCUUACCACUGCAAAAAGUCACGUCUGCUCAACACUCCAAAUGGAAUGCCAUUUGUUUGGUGGGUUGGUCGAGCCAAUGAGAAGCAUCCUUACUGGGGAGGGUCUCCUCCUGGAGCCCAGCGCUGUGCAUGUGGACUGGAGGAAAGCUGCCUGGAUCUGAGAUACUUCUGUAACUGUGAUGCAGAUAAGGACGAAUGGACCAAUGAUACUGGCUUCCUUUCCUUCAAAGAACACUUGCCUGUGAACCAGAUUGUUGUCACCGACACAAAUAGACCUAAUUCUGAAGCCGUGUGGAGAAUUGGCCCUUUGCGUUGCUAUGGAGAUAGACAGUUCUGGAAUGCAGCCUCUUUCAAUACUGAGGCAUCCUACCUUCUGUUCCCCACCUUCCACGCAGAAUUCAGUGCAGACAUUUCCUUCUUCUUCAAGACGACAGCUGUGUCUGGGGUCUUCUUGGAAAAUCUGGGGAUGAAAGACUUUAUCCGAGUUGAAAUAAGCUCUCCUAAGGAGAUUACCUUCACAGUAGAUGUUGGAAAUGGUCCAGUAGACGUCACCGUCCAGUCUCCUGCAGCCCUGAAUGACAACCAGUGGCAUUAUGUACACGCUGAACGGAAUCUCAAGGAAACGUCUCUUCGGGUGGAUAACUUUCCAAAGAAGAUUCUGGAGGCCCCAGCUGAAGGACAUUUCCGAUUGCAGCUCAAUAGUCAGCUAUUUGUAGGAGCAACUGCUUCCAGACAGAAGGGUUUUGUGGGGUGUAUUCGUUCUCUUCACCUAAAUGGGCAGAAACUUGAUCUUGAAGAGAGGGCCAAAGUCACCCCUGGUGUGAAACCUGGAUGCCCUGGGCAUUGCAGCAGUUAUGGUAACCUUUGCCAAAAUGGAGGUAAAUGUGUCGAGAAGUUAAAUGGUUACCUGUGUGACUGCACCAGCUCUCCAUACGAAGGACCAUUCUGCAGAGAAGAGGUCUCUGCACUUUUUGAAGCUGGCACUUCCAUUACCUACAUUUUCCAGGAGCCUUAUCCUGUGACCAAAAAUGCAAGUACUACAUCCUCAGCCAUAUAUGCAGAUACUUCGACGUCAAAAGAAAACAUUGCCUUUACGUUCCUGACAACACAUGCUCCAAGCCUCCUGUUCUACAUCAAUGCUUCCUCUCAUGACUAUUUGGCUGUUAUUCUCUCCAAGAAUGGAAGCUUGCAAGUCCGAUACAGACUGAGUAAGGACAGAUCCCUUAUAUUCACUAUUGAUUCUGGAAACUUUGCUAACCGAGAACUACACCAUGUGAAGAUAAAUAGAGAUGGAAGAGAGCUGACUAUUCAGAUUGACCAGGUUCUCAAAGUCAAGCACAACUUUUCCUCGGAGGCUGAUUUCAGAGCCAUCAAAUCUCUGACCUUGGGGAAAGUCACAGAUAGUCAGGGACUAGAUCCAGAAGUCUCCAAAGCAAACUCCUUUGGGUUCAUAGGAUGCAUGUCAUCUGUCCAGUACAACAACAUAGCUCCCCUGAAAGCUGCUUUACGGCAUCCCAGCAUAGCACCUGUGACAGUCGUUGGUUCCUUGUCCGAAUCAAACUGUAGAUCUUUGGUUGAAGUCGAUGUAAAUACAGCAACUACGAUAUACUCUUCAUCAGAUCCAUUUGGGAAGGCAGAUGAGAGAGAGCCACUCACCAAUGCUGUCAGGAGUGAUUCAGCUGUCAUUGGAGGUGUUAUAGCAGUUGUGAUCUUCAUCAUCUUUUGCAUUGUGGCUAUUAUGAGCAGAUUCCUUUACCAGCACAAACAGACACAUCGGAGCAGCCAGACAAAGGAAAAGGAAUAUCCAGAGCACCUUGACAGUUCUUUUAAGACUGAUGUUGACUUGCAGAACACAGUGAGCGAGUGCAAACGAGAAUAUUUCAUCUGACAGACUCUUCAGCUCCAUGUUACACUUUGGCAUUUCUUUGAUUAUGAUGGUUAUUAUUAUUAUUAUUAUUA